UAUUUUUUUUAAAUAAUGAUUUUUUAAAAUAGUUACAUGACAAUAUAAGAAACUUCUGGACCAAUAGCACCAUUGCAAUUAAGUUGUAGACUUCGGUUGAUAAUAUGAACAUGCUUCUAAUAUCAGUCUUAUGAAAAACAAAACCUAAGAAGUUAGUCAUAUGAAAAUCUUUAUUGCAAAAUGUGAAGAACUUAACACAAAGUGGUACCCUUAGGUAAUUAGUUAGUCACCCUGUCGUAAACUUAAAACGCAUAAAUAAAAGAUUUCUGUCAAGCUCUCGUGUUUACAAGAGAGAAAUUACAAGCAAUAAAUGGAUUUCCUGCAAUAGAAUUUGUAUUUAUCACAUGAGUUGAUAUGAAAGAAGUGGAUAAUUCUUUUCGAUCAUUUUGUUUUAUUCUUGUAAAAAUAUCGAAUUGGAUCCUGCCUCUUUACAAUAACUCUGCGUGCCAAAUCUGACACGCGUGGCGCAGUAGAUUGUCUACCCCUUGUUUAAGAGUAGGUCCUGGCACAGGGUUAAGUUUCGCAUGACGGCCUCCAGACUAAACACAGGUCUUCGUGACAUUACAGCAUGUAUUGAUUAUUUGAUUGUACAUGCGUGUCCUACUAAUAGUUGCAAGCACCUGUACAUUGUGUCUGAGACUAUCCCCGACACAUGUACACACCAACACGUACGAACUGGUACAUUAGAUAAGAAAAGGAAAGCGUCUUGUGUAAUGAAUAAUUUAUAACAACCCAUACGUGUAUGUGGGUAUCUGUGUAUGUGUAUCAUAUCAAUAAGUUCAACAGACUAGAUGUUAUAAGCAGUCUGAGAAAAGAUAUUGAUGUCGAGAUAGUGUGCAGACUACAAGUACACAGUAGUCUACGAUACACGCUAAACCUUCUAAUAAUUUGUGUACUCGCUCUGUCAGACCUCGAAUGAUAAACAUAUCUUGAUGAGUCCUGACGGCAUUCGAGACUACCGCCCGCACCUAGUGGAAGACACCCAUGUCAUUGGUAUUGGAGAAACCUCACCUCUAUUUAGUUCGGACACCAGUUAUCUGUUUCGACCAGCUCCGGGCGCCACUUCUCAGAAACCACGAUGUGCUUUGCCUGGGGAGAUUGGCUGGGGCGUCCCUUGGCUGGUAGACUGGGCUCCACCCAGAACGGGACAGCAGAUAGUGCUCGGGGAUUUUCGACAAUUAGCCGAAGACAAAAAGACGCAUGAGUUUAUUGGAGCUUGGUUUCCUGGACCCAAAGAGAUGGACCCCACUUUGCCUAGAUCAGCUUCCUCUGGACGUCCGUGUCUUUCUUCUAAAAGCAAGCAUUCAGCACUCGUCCUUGAAGAGGCACGGCGACAAACGGAGUCUGAAGACAGCUCAUCGCACAGAAUUAACAUCGAUGGACAAGUGUUUACUAAAAACUGGGCUUCAACAGAUUUCCGGUAUCCGCAGAUUGACAGCCUGCGCAUGCGCACAUUCGAAUCCAUCCAGCCUCGAGUUUUUCAAAAAUACUGUUAAUUAAGAAGUCAUCGCUGUUUAAUUUUAAAGUUUUCUUGUGACUUAGUGAACACUAUCUGCUUCAAAGUUUUCUUGUGACUUAGUGAACACUAUCUGCUUCAAAGAGUGUGCUUUUGUUCUUAUGGAUAAUGUUUUCUCAUUGUAAUUGUAUUUCAACAGAUGACUAAAAGCACGAGUUCCAUUGGUCUCUCUAAGGUCACGUGAUCUACUUGAUGGGAUUUCUUAGUUAUGAACUAGUUGCACCUUGAGCAUUGUUUUAGUUGUUUUUUUCCUACUUAUUCAAGAAUAUACAUCUAUUCUAAGAAUGACCUACUAAUUUUGAAAUACACUUCUAGUCUUAGAACUAUCUUUAAGCAAAACAAAACAGGAAAUAAGUGAAAUACCCAUUAAAGUCCAUUGACUAAUUCCAGUAUCAUCAGCAAAAGGGCUUUUCAUGCUGAACUUAAACUAGUCAAGGCAAAGUUUAUAAAGUGAUUAAUACUUGUUAUUUAAAGUUUGUGGUAAUAUAACAGGUCCCUUUGACUCCAAUAAAAAUGUCAUAGGCCUAUUAAAUAACUUAUGAAUGAAAAAAAAGUUUUAUUGAAAGAAAAAAAAAACAUAUAA